AUGAGCCCUGGGCCGGUGGGUGUCCUGCUCGCGCUGUGCUGCCUGCUGGCCUGCUUGCUGGACGUGGCCUCCCCGCAGCCCGCCCCCGCCCCACAGGCCCCGGCCCUGUCCACGUCCCUGUCCACGUCCCUUGGCCUCAGUUUCGGCCCCAGGUCUUCGUUCUGGGGUCUGCGGCCCUUCACUCCCAGGCACAAGAAGAACAUCACCAUCGGCUACCUCACGGCCGUCAAGGGCGAGCUCACGGACCGCCAGGGUCUCGCUGUGUCGGGCGCCAUCUCCAUGGCCCUUGAGGAGAUCAACAAUGAUCCAUACUUGCUUCCUGGAGUACACCUUAAUCUUCGCUGGAAUGACACUCGUGGCGAAACUGUUACAACUACCCGCUGCAUCGUGGACAUGCUGUGCGAUGGAGUGUCGGCGUUUAUUGGACCCGAAGGGUCAUGUCAUGUGGAGGCCAUUGUUGCCCAGUCUAGGAAUAUACCUAUGAUAAGUUAUAAAUGUUCUGACAAUAAGGCAUCAAUGGCCUCCACUUUUGCGCGGACGGAACCCCCAGAUAUUCAGGUUACUAAAUCAUUGAUCUCAUUGCUCCGUUAUUACCACUGGGCAAAGUUUACAGUGCUCUAUGAAGAAUCUUGGAGCACUGUAGCAAGCUCACUCUCUGAUCAGGCUGCACACAACAACAUGACUGUCCAGGAAAAAGUUCAAGUGCAAGAUACUCAUAAAUGCUGUCAAGAACAUCUAAAGUGCUGUCAAGCAGAUUAUUGGUAUAAAAUUGUACAAAAAACAAGAAACAACACCCGCAUAUAUGUAUUUUUGGGCAACCCUGGCCUAUUGAUUGACUUGAUGAAUGCCAUGCAGACUUUGCAACUUUUCGAUUUUGGAGAGUACAUGGUUAUUCAUGUUGACAUGAUGACAUAUUCAGCAAAAGAAGCUACAAAAUACCUGUGGAAACCGCAGGAUUUUCACAAAAAUAACUGCAUGUUUGAUGCCAACUCUUUGAGAAAGGCACAAUCCUUGCUGGUUAUUGUGUCUACCCCACCAGCAUACAGCUAUGUAGAUUUCACUGAGAAAGUUAGAUCUUUUAAUACCAAAGAUCCAUUUAAUUUCAAAAUGCCUCAAAUAUUUACGAAUGUUAAUUUUAAUAAGUUUGUAUCUAUUUAUGCUGCAUACCUAUAUGACUCAGUCAAGCUCUAUGCAAGAGCGUUGGAUAAAUUGUUAAGAGAACAUGAGGAAAAAGGAUCUCUUACUGAUGAGGAUAUUGACAGAAUCGCUAGCAACGGCACACGUAUUAUUGAAAACAUUAGGAAUCAGACGUACACAAGUGUCACUGGGGCCACAAUUAAAAUUGAUGAGAGAGGUGAUUCAGAGGGCAACUUUUCUGUCCUUGCUCUGAAAUCUUUCAACCUUCGGUUAGAAAACUUUUCCUGCAACUAUCACAUGGUACCAGUAGGACAAUUUCAUCAAGGAAAAUCAACAGAAUACAAACUCAACUCACCAAAUAUGCAAAUUGAUUGGCCUGGAGGUCGCAAGCCAGAUGAUGAACCGAAUUGUGGUUUCAACAAUGAAUUGUGCCCAAAGGAUCAUUCUCACCAAGGAGGUGUGGUAGCUGCAGGUACAUUAGCAGUUUUGCUGUUUUGUGCAAUAGUUGUUACAGUCAGCAUCUACAGAAAGUGGAAAAUAGAGCAGGAAAUUGAGGGACUACUCUGGAAAGUGGAUCCUGCAGAAAUUCGAGGGUAUUUCGGAACAGAUAUGGUUUCUUCCCCUAGCAAGCUCAGUCUUGUAAGUGCGACCUCCUAUGAGUCCCGAUAUGGUCCUCAAGUAUUUGCUGCGACUGCCCAGUAUAGAAGUGUUGCUGUAAGAAUUAAGGAACUGAAGUUUUCUAAAAAGAAGGACAUCUCCAGAGAAAUAAUGAAGGAAAUGAGACUUCUCAGAGAAAUUCGACAUGACAAUAUCAAUCUUUUUCUUGGAGCUGUAAUUGAGCCCAUGCGUAUUCUUCUCCUCACUGACUAUUGUGCCAAGGGUAGUUUGUAUGAUAUCGUUGAGAAUGAAGACAUCAAAUUGGAUAAAUUAUUUAUUGCUUCUCUGGUUCAUGAUCUCAUUAAGGGAAUGUUGUACAUCCAUAGCUCGGUUUUGGUUUGUCAUGGAAAUCUUAAAUCAUCUAACUGUGUUGUGACAAGUAGAUGGGUGCUUAAAAUAACAGAUUUUGGCUUACAUGAGUUACGGCACAGUGCAGAAAGUGGUAGUAUUGGUGAGCACCAGUAUUUUCGAAAUCAGUUUUGGAAAGCUCCAGAACUUCUAAGAGAUAGUUGUUUAUCAAUUAGGGGGACUCAAAAAGGAGAUGUUUAUGCAUUUGCCAUAAUAUUGUAUGAAAUUCUAGGUAGACAUGGACCUUUUGGCAUACAUAACAUGGAACCUAAAGAAAUUGUUGAUCUUGUUAAAAAUCCACCUAGCAGUGGACCUUACCGACCAGAUGUUGAUAUGCUAAGAGAUGGUGAAAAUGAGUGUCCAGAGUAUAUUCUGCAAUGUAUGCAAGACUGUUGGUUGGAAAUUCCUGAACAAAGACCAGAUUUUCCAAGUAUUCGCUCCCGUCUCAAGGAAAUGAAGGAGGGCAAAUAUCGUAAUAUAAUUGAUCAAAUGAUGGAUAUGAUGGAGAAAUACGCCAAUAAUUUAGAAGAUCUAGUGACAGAUAGAACUCGUCAGUUGUUUGAAGAGAAACAAAAAACUGAAGACUUACUUCAUAGAAUGCUUCCAGCGCCUGUUGCUGAUCGCUUGACACGAGGAAUUGGUGUUGAACCAGAAUCUUAUGAUUUAGUAACAAUUUAUUUCAGUGACAUUGUAGGAUUCACUGCAAUGUCAGCAGAGAGCACUCCACUUCAGGUUGUCAAUUUUUUGAAUGAUCUCUACACAUUAUUUGACAGGAUUAUCAGAGGGUAUGAUGUGUACAAAGUAGAAACCAUCGGGGAUGCUUACAUGGUGGUUUCUGGUUUACCUCUAAAAAACGAUAGCCAUGCUGGGGAAAUCGCUUCAAUGUCUUUGGAAUUACUAGACGCUGUCAAAAACCAUAGAAUUGCUCAUCGUCCAAAUGACACUCUAAAGCUCAGGAUUGGCAUUCACACUGGGCCUGUGGCAGCAGGAGUUGUAGGAUUAACCAUGCCACGGUACUGCCUCUUCGGAGACACUGUCAACACGGCAUCAAGAAUGGAAUCCAAUGGGGAGGCACUUAAAAUCCACAUCAGUCCUCAGUGCAAGGGUGCUCUUGAUAAAGUUGGGGGUUAUAUUACUGAGGAACGUGGCCUUGUACACAUGAAAGGAAAGGGGGAAGUCAUGACUUACUGGUUGACUGGGGCCACUGAUAAAGCUAUCAAGAAACGAGAGGUGGAUAUUGCAGAUUUAGCACCUCUUUUCUGUCGACCCCGCCGUAGUCCAAGGCUUAACACAGAUUCUCGACAUGCUUCACUUUGUGGUUUUGGGGGCAUACCAGGGGCAGGCAGUCGCAGGCAAUCCAGUGUUCCCAGAGGAAACAGUCAAGAUGUAGACAGCUCUUCUACCCUUGGCUUGGGUGCAGUCUCUGGGGGAAGCAUCCUGGGAGGUGUUCUGGGGAGUACCUCUGGAAACCUCCAUGGAGUUGUUGCGGGAAGUCUUAACAACAGCAGCAACAAUAGCCCUUCUGGCCGUCCCUUACGUAGAGUUCAGAUUUCAAGCGGAGGGGAUGUGUCAUCAAAAUCCACCCUUAAUAGUCAAUCAUUAGUGGAACCAAGGACAGAUGAGUGUUCUCAGCAGCAACCAAGACCAAGAAGGCUUCUUUCUUCGGUUGCCUCUUCCUCUGCAACGGCUGGUUACACUAGUGGCAGUGACGAUGAGAAUGAAAUUGAACUAUUGAAGUAUGGUCCAGUCAGGGAGUCUAGGUCACUUGAUCCUUUCCCUAUGGAAACAGAAUUAGAGCAGCUACCGAAAAGACAGCCUCCCCUCUCUCAAGUGCGCCGGAGAGGGACUCGUUCUCUUGAACAUUGCGAUAUAUUUGACCGCGUGCGUCCUGUGUCAGAUAUUCCUUUGCACAAAAACAAUCAUCGCACAUUUCCAAAUGGUGCUGUUUCUGGGGUCAACCCCGGUAGCCGGGUAGCUGGGGCAAGCUCAGAAGACGUUAGAGUGCCAUUAUUAGCGCCAGCAGACUCUCUUGUUCCUCGUGGUACUGUGAUUGUCCCAACUAAACGAUGGAGAUCAUUAGAACAAUUAAAACCUGCCGCUGCUGCCAGUAAUCCUACUUAUUUUGGAGAUGGGAAGAAGGCAGAUGUUCGGGGUUCAAUAAAAAGCUGGUUGUAUGGACUUUUCAAUGGAAAUGGUUUACGGUCCAGUGAAACAUCACUGAGAAAAGGAAUGAACAGUGGAUACAGUGAUUUGCCAGGUGAGAAGGAGAGUAUAGUGUGAAAACGAACCACAAAGUACGGAGGAGUUUUGUGAGUUACUGUAUCAAGUGUAUUUCAGUAGUUGUGUAUUGGUGCCUUUUCUGUGAUUGUGCUGAAUGUCAGGACCCUCUGGGUUUUGGCCUGCAAAAUGGACCAAUUUCUACCAAGACAACAUUCUGCUUGUGAUUUUCAGUGAUGAUUUAGUCCACGUCAAUACUAUGUGUUUUCUUGUAUGGGGCGUUGUCUUAUCAUGAGAUCUAUGCUCUGUCAUUUUUAACCAUAGCCCUGUGUUAUUGUAAAACACAUCUCAUAUUUUAAUUUGGUUAUCAAAAGAUGAUUUGUAAAUACGCUGAAGAUGUGAACUUGUAAAUUUAGAUUUAUGUAUGUAUAACCACUGAAUCAUUUGUGUACAUGGCUGGACUAGCAUCUGUCGCAAUCGAAAGAUUAGAUUGGUUGAAUCACAACGAACUGCGUAAAAAGUUGCAGUGAGGAAAAAUGUUUAAUUUUUCUUAAAAAUAUUUUUCAGAAAAAAAAUUUAAAGUUUGUUGUUUUUGUAAAACAUUUUAGGGGUUGUUCAGAUGUGCAUUACAUGUUCCAAUGUAGUCUUUUUUGUUUUCUUCCUAUUUUCUUCUUUCUAGAUAUCUUAAUUUUAUUUCUUCCUUAUAUGUAAUGUGGCACUCUCAUCUAGUGGACAGUAUGAACAACUCUCUAACAUUAAUCUUCCCAACAACCUUUUUAAAAAAAAUCUAAUCAAACAAACAGAAAAAAAUUUAUGAAGUUAAAAUAACAUGCAGAACGCACUGGCUGGUGCUUUGCACCAAGUCAUUGGUAAUUAUUUUUACAGGGAAGCCAGCCAUAUAUUUAUGAGUCUCACAACAUUGCAAUUUGACCAUUUGUUUCUACCUUUGAAGCAUCACUAAAAUUGACCUCAAGGGAACGUGUAUGUUUAUGUUUUGAAUAAAUUUUUAUCUCCCUUGCGUCUUUAACAUACUUAUGAAUGGCUGUUUGUUUGUAUGUUCCCAUCUUUAAUUACCAAACAGAAUUUGGUGCUAGUCCUUUUUAUAUUGUCUGCCUAUUUUGCUGUUGUUUUAUCCACGGUUUGUUUCAUCAUGUUGAAUAUUAUCCUCCAGCACUGUGACACGGCACUGACUUGCAGCUAGAACAUGAAUACUCUCAGAACAUUCCUAUUCGUGUAAUUAUUAUAUUCCUAGACAGUGCUUAUUUGUUCAGCUUCUGCUUUAUCUGUAACAUGUGCCAUUUAAUAUUUGUUUGUUUCUUUUUAUUUUAUUUUUUUAUUAUUUUUUCUUUCUUUUCAAAAAACUUGGUUGUUGAUUUUGUCUGUUGCCAUGCUAGAUUAUUUAUUUCAUACAUACAGUGUGUUUUUGUUGCAGGGCAUUUAUGUUAUGCAAUUUUCAGGCAAUCUCUGAAUAUCUUAUCUUAUUAGACUGAGACUAAUAGAGCAAGUUUCUCCUCAGCCUAAGCUUAGUAGAACUUGAACUGACUUGUAGCUCUUUCCUGUAAAAGUCUUGAGGUGCUACAUUCAGUUGUGAUUGCCAGUCGUAGCUUCUGUAGAAGCUGCUUUAGUUUUAAGUUAGUGGAUUUCUUUGGUAGCAAACAAAUGGACAAAUGUAUGGUUUUGAGCGUGAAUAUGAAAUUCUUGCUAGUCACAACUAUUCAUGUCGUAUUCAGUGGUUAUAGAAAUUUCAUGUGAUUUAUGUGAAACCUGUGAUAUUCUCUCAUGUGCAUCAAAAGGAUAAUUUGUCAUUUAUCAAUGCCCAGUUCAAAGACAGCAUCUAAUCCCCAGGUAUCUUGGAGAUUUUUUUUUUAAAGAACCACUUAGGUUAUUGAAAUUUAGAACAUGACUUCAUGUAAUGUGAACAAACCACAGGCUUAUUUCAGCUGAAAUUUUAUCAGGGGUUCUCCCAUGAGGACUUACAAAACAGGAGAAGGAGUCCAUUGCUGUAUGCUUUUGUUAAUAAUAUUUUCUUUUGACAUGCACACUCUCCAAAUUACAAAUGACCAUUCUAAAACAUGCUAUAUUUGAAUUGAUUGACAUUGAUUAAAGUUCAUUAAGGGUGGAUAAGUUCAAAUUUAAUUAAUGAAGAGAGUUGAUCAACUACAGCAACAAUCGCUUGCCCACCAUACUGAUUGUUUCCUUAAGAUUCGUAAUUGCCUCAGGAAAAUGGUUUCCACCCACCUUAUGCGUUCAUACUUGCGCAGGUGCUGUGGUGUUUAAGAGUUUUUUUGUUAUUGUUGUUUUUAUGGAAGACUGUUAUUUAUAAUGAAACAAUUGUGGUAAUUAAUUAUUUUAUGCAUUAUAUUGUGUUAUAACAAAUGAUUGGUACAUUUGGAAACAAAGUAAUGGAACGAUGGAUGGCUGUGAAACGUAAUUAUAUUUUCUCUUUUUUUUAAAUAUGUGAAAUAUACAGAUGAUGUGCCAAUUUAUUAGUUGUGUUUUUUGUGUAUCACAUAGGGUACAGUUCCUCUGCUGACCCAUGUUGUAAUACUUCCACUUACCAAUAUACUUUAGAAAAUAGUGUUUCCAAUUUAUAACAAAUGCUGUAUUUAUAUAUGUAUGAAUAUACCUUUGUUCUAUAUGCAUACAUAUAUAUUUAUCUGGAUAAUGCUGGUAAGCAAGACAGUUGUUGAAGUAAAAUUUAUAAACUCA